CCGCUCUCAUUCCCCACCAUGCUCGCCCUCCGUACGCUCUCCGAAAUGGCCCGAGCGUCGUCUUUCGCGAGGGCACUAACGGCGCCAACCGUCAGGGCUCGCCAAAUCUCCACCGACCGCCAGUCCCUGGUCCAAAAGCCAUUCUUGACUCGCCCGGCAUCGUCGGCAGUGGCCAUUAAACAAGUCUCGCGUCCAUCUCCGAGCGCGUACUCUGUGGACUACGAAAGGUCUCCCACGAGCACCGCAGAUCAACACGAGGUUUUAAUAAAAUGGGAUGACAAUCAGCGGUCGAAGUAUCACCAUGUCUGGCUGCGCGACCACUGUCGCUGCCCUGAGUGCUUCCAUCCUGUAACAAAACAGCGUCUCGUCAACACGUUUGAGAUUCCACCAGAUAUUGAACCCGUCUCCGUCCGUUCGAACCAACAAGGCUUGCAGAUCACCUGGCCUUCCCCACCACAGCCUCACGCGUCUUUCUAUCCUUGGUCAUGGCUCAAGGCGAACAGCUAUGAUCCCCCCGCGCUGCAAUCUAGUCGAAACGAGAAGAUCCUCUGGGGAUCCAAGAUCGCCCAAGGUCCCCCGUCAGUGGCCUACGAGGAGGUCAUGGCGCCGGGUGGCGAUGGCCUCUAUAGGUGGCUAUCUCAGAUCGACAGAUUCGGUUUCUGCUUCGUCGCAGGUGUGCCCCCGACGCCGGAAGCUACAGAACAGCUGUCGACCCGUAUAGGCUUCAUCCGCGAAACGCACUAUGGCAAGUUCUGGGAUUUCACCGCUGACCUCGCUCGUGGCGAUACCGCCUACACCAACCUGGCCCUCGGCGCGCACACCGACAACACCUACUUUUCCGACCCCUGUGGCCUCCAACUCUUCCAUCUUCUCUCGCACACCGAGGGAACCGGUGGUGCCACACUGCUCGUCGACGGUUUCCACGUAGCCACAACUCUUCGCGAGCGCCACCCGGAAUUGUAUCGUCUUCUCGCGACGGUGCCUGUCCCGGCGCAUGCUGCGGGCGAAGAGGAUAGUUUCUAUUUUGAUGAGAGGCCUGUGCUGGGUGUGGAUGGAUAUACGAAAGAGCUGCGGUCUGUGAGGUGGAAUAAUGAUGAUCGGAGCGUGGUCAAGGGUGUACCGCGCGGCAAAAUGCUGCAAUGGUACGAUGCUAUUCGGACUUGGAACGAAGGUCUUACCAGUUCAGAAUCGGAGUACUGGGUGCAACUAACCCCCGGUACCGUCAUCGCCAUCGACAACCACCGCGUGCUGCACGGCCGCUCAGCCUUCACGGGCAAACGCCGCAUGUGCGGCGCCUACAUCGGCAUGGACGAGUUUCGUUCGAAACUUGCUGUUCUCUCCGAGAGGUUCGAUAGGAAGACGCGGGACGCUGCUCACGUCCACGGCGGCCACCGACACGGGCACGGGGCUGUCGAAGGAAAAGGAAGGAGUAUAUGGAGCUCUGGGCUCUGAGCGGGUUGCUCUUUAUUCUUAAAAUUUAUGACGUAUCGCAGCACGGUCUCGUCAGCCGUACGUCGAUAGGCCCUCUGGUGGCUGAUCAACGGACAUUUGUUUAUUUCUCUUUUAUCGUUCUUUAUAUCUCAGUCUGCCCUCUGUUGUUUGUUUCCCCUCUCUCUCACUCUCUCUCUCACUCGUGGAUUCGCACAUCACUAUGGAUCGGACCUUGACCCCAUCACCAGCACUAGCACUGGUCUUUAGACUUUGAUCAUGACUGGCGAUUAUGCUGUUUUUCCUUUUCGCUUUCGCAUUUCUCUUAUUGUGCCAGCGGCUUUCGACGCACUCAAAAGACGAUGUUCGUAUGUUCAUAUGUCCAUAUGUAACGCUUCUAUCGUUAUCUCUUUGUUGUUUGUUGUUCCUUUACUCUUCCUUCUUUACUCAGCCGCUUAUUUACACGCUCGCAAUGGAACGGCACCGGACAAUUUUGGAUUUCCCUCUCUUUCUCUUGUGCGUGGUGGAGCAUGUCGGUGUUCCGCAGCCUGGGAGAUUUCGGCUGACAGUUAUUGAUCCAGACUGGUCCUGUGGGCUAUACCUGCCUGUUUCCGCGAUUGUAAACUUGGACUUAAGGAGGCCUUGGGAAUCUGGGAUCGGACGUGGGUCACGGGGGCGGCUUGGGAAUGGGUUUUGGGGGUGGUGGGAUUUUGAGGACGUUUUGAUCGUGCUCGUACUUGCCGUCACCCAGUCGCCAACUGCCCUGCUUCAAACAAUCCGCGGCCCCAGUCAAGAAGCUUUUCAGAGUAAACAGCCUCAUUGUGGCGAUGUGUAUAGCUUAUAUCACAGCACAUCGUUCGCGAUCUCGACUGACGGUACGUUUCAUAUACUCUGCCUUGACUCGAAUGCAUCGCCUGGUAUGUUGAUUGAAAGAAACGCCGCCGCACGGUCUCAUGGAUCACAGCGCUCCGGGUAUGGUGGACGCGCCGUUCUUGCGUGCCGUUGAUGAAUGUUGUUAGCCGGGAUGUCGUCUCGCCUUGUUGCCCGUAUGCGGCGCUCAUUCUGGAGAGUAAACGAAAUGUAUAAAUGGGGGCCUCGAAGGGAUUGUUGGCACAUCGUCCAUCGUCUCUGUGAAGCUAUGAAGGCUCCCUUCGCGUUGACUUUCGCUUCCUUCGUCUUUUACUCUCUUGCUUUGCAGCUACCUGUCCAACGGCGCGCUGUGUCAACCUCUAACGGGUUUUCUGCCUCCGUCAAAUCAGCCGCCGUCAAUUCCUCAGAUAACAGUGGAAACGUCGGCAUCAUAAAUAGCGAUGAUAGGCUCUAUGUCGCCAAUGUCACAGUGGGGGGGAUAGUCAUAGAAGUGCAAAUUGACACAGGCUCUGACAACCUCUGGGUCCUUCCAGAGACACCGAUUCCGAACUUGAACGUCAGCGCUAAUAGCUCGGUAUACCUUGGAUAUGGCACUGGAAGCGCCACCGGCCCUGUUGCUUUCGCAGAAGUAUCUAUGGGGACGCAUACGGUAUCCU